AUGAUUGUUGGUGGAUGGGACAAAUAUGAGGGAGGACAAAUUUACUCGGUCCCUCUUGGUGGAACGAUUCUGAAGCAACCAUUCGCAAUUGGAGGAUCUGGUUCUAGUUACCUGUAUGGAUUCAUGGAUCAUGAAUGGAAAGAGGGUAUGACCCAGGAAGAAGCUGAGAAGUUUGUGGUGAAGGUGGUUUCCCUUGCUAUUGCUCGCGAUGGUGCUAGUGGAGGGGUUGUUCGCACUGUUACUAUUAACGAGGAGGGCGUUAAAAGGAGCUUCCACACUGGUGAUGAGCUGCCACUGUGGCAUGAAGAGCUGGAACCACAGAAGUCGCUCCUUGACAUUCUCGCAGCUGAGAGCACUGAUGCAAUGGUCCAUUGA